AUGGGCCCAAUUGGCCCAGUUACUUCCACAAAAGCCCAACCCGACCCACCUUUUCGCUGCAAAAGCGGCACAGUCACAACUCACAGUCUCACACACCCCUCCACCACCAGAGAUGAGUCGGUUGUUGCUUCCGUCCCUGCGAUCAGUCUUCCUCCGGCAACUGCCAUCUUCUCCUCUGCUACAGAUUGUUUGGUGUCUGCUGCGUGCAGCUCGAGCACUCAAGUGAGUGGGAUUCCAUGGGGUCUUGUGGGAGUGUCGUCAACUAGGAAGCUGAGUUACGGCUUUAGAGCAUUUUGCGCUGUUGGAGUUUUCGUGGUAGAUUUGGUGACCAAGAAGUGUGUGCCAUGUAACUCUAAGGACAUGCGACCCAUGACUGAAGAAAGUGCUGCUGAAAUGAUGCCCAAGGUGCCCGGCUGGAACUUGGUCAAUGAAGAUGGUAAGCUGAAGCUGAAUAGGUCGUGGAGAGCUAAGAGUUUCACCAAAGGACUGGAGCUAUUUCAGCUUGUGGGGAAUAUUGCUGAAACUGAAGGCCAUCAUCCAGAUCUUCAUCUUGUUGGAUGGAAUGAUGUUAAGAUCGAGAUAUGGACACAUGCAAUCGUGCCGAAUAAUUCUUUCGCGCGCCCAUUCGCGAUCUUCCGGAUUUCACCCACCGUCGUCGGAAUCAAUGGUGCGAUUACUUCUUUCGUCUCUUUUCGCUUGUCGCUCCAAUUUCCCGCUGAUCCGGAGCUGGAAGCGAUCAGGCAGAGAAGGAUGGCUGAGCUAAUGGCUCAGCAUGGCGGUGGUGGUGGAGCGGCUAGUCAGCCGGACCCUGAACAGCAGAAUGCUCAAGAAGAUGCUAAGAGGGAAGCUGACGAGCGUAGGCAGAUGAUGUUGAGUCAGAUAUUGUCUGCUCAAGCUCGAGAAAGAAUUGCCAGAAUUGCACUAGUCAAGCCUGAGAAAGCUAGAGGUGUUGAAGAUGUUAUACUUCGAGCGGCUCAAAUGGGUCAGAUAGUCGAGAAGGUGUCGGAGGAGAGGCUGAUUUCACUGCUAGAACAGAUAAACACCCAAACAACGAAACAAACCAAAGUCACGAUCCAGAGACGUCGUAGCGUUCUAGACGAUGAUGAUUGAAGUUUGAAGAUCUCGCUGGGUUGUUUCCCAGGAUCCAUGUAUACAGUGUGUUUCCGUGAGUUUGCAGAUACAUGAUCAAGUGCAAGUUGUGAGACAAGUCAUAUCUGUAUUUCUGCCAUGCAAAAACUACACAUUCUUAAGUCUUCCCAUUUGAUGUAAUGUAUGACGUUAUUUCUAAUGGUAUUUGCAGCCAUGAACGGCUUUCAGAUUUUGAUUGUGUAUCAGUAAAUUGAUGAUGUUUGUUCUCAUUGCAUUUUUUUUU